ACGAGAUUUCAGAAAUAUUGUUUAAAAAUGGCGGCAAAGGUUGGCAUUGUAACUAGGGAAAGUUGUUUACAUCGCCUGUUUUAAAUAUGCCAGGUGUUGUGAAGAAGACUGUGGUCUGCUACAUUUGUGGUAGAGAGUUUGGGUCUUCUUCGGUUUCCAUUCAUGAACCUCAAUGCUUGAAGAAAUGGCAUGCCGAUAACAACAAAUUGCCUAAAAGCCAGAGGAGAAAACCACCAGUUAAACCAGAGUUUUUACCAUCCAUUGGAAGUGAUGCGAAUGACAGGGAGCGUUUCAAUGAAGCAGCCUGGCAGAGUGCACAAUCACAGUUGCUGCCAUGUGAAAACUGCGGCCGAACCUUUGCUCCAGACAGACUGCCAAUCCACCAAAAGGGAUGCAAAACAGAUAACCCAAUGCAGUUGAAAGUUAAACCAGGUGGCUCAGGAUCUAACAAGAAUGGUUCUAAUUCAGAUGACCUGAUUCGCCCCAAAACUGUCAAACUCUCUGCCCCAAAAGUCUUGCAUAAAACAAAUGCUGUAGAUCUGGAGAAACAGUCGACAAGAGACAACACUGUUCCUCAGCAGAGGAGAAGCACCAGUCCACCAUCUUCUGAAGACACUGGUACUCCAACACCCGCAGGUCCUGGCCUACAACGCGAGGGAACGUACACGUCACCAAAUCAGAAACCUCCAAAGACCAAGGCUUCUCCUCCAGCUCCCGGCUUUGUUUUAUGCUAUAUCUGUGGAAGGAAAUUUGGAUCAAAGUCUGUUGCAAUCCAUGAACCUCAGUGCCUUGAAAAAUGGAAGAUAGAGAAUGAUCAACUGCCAAAAUCCCAACGUCGUAAACCACCGAAAAAACCAGAGAUUUUAGCUGGAGCUGGAGGUAGCUAUGACGCCGAAGCUAUGAAUGAAGCUGCCUGGCAGAGUGCUCAGAGCCAACUUAUUCCUUGUGACCGAUGCGGCCGCACUUUUGCCCCAGACCGUCUCACAGUUCACCAGAGAGCCUGUAAAGCACCACCAGGAGCCGCAAAACAGUCAGCAUCUUCUGGGGGAGGAAGUAGUGGAUCAUCCACUGGGAGCUCUGGUGGACAAAAGUCACCAACUAAACCCAAAGGUGGGCCAGCUGGUCCUCACUUCGUAUUGUGUUACAUAUGUAGUGGAAAGUUUGGAACAAAAUCCAUAGAUAUCCACGAGCCUCAAUGCCUUAGAAAGUGGAAAAUUGAAAAUGACCAAUUACCAAAAGAACAGAGACGUCCAGUCCCAAAGAAGCCCGAAGUGUUGAAAACUGCUGGGGGAAGCUAUGAUUAUGAGGCCAUGAAUAAUGCAGCCUGGGACAGUGCACAGUCCCAACUGAUACCUUGUGGAAACUGUGGACGAACAUUUGCACCAGACCGUCUUUCUGUUCACCAACGAAGUUGUAAGCCCAAGGGUGGGGCAGCAAGGACGGAUGCCUCUCCUACCUCUGCACCCCUUAGCCAGACCUCCGGUGGGAUGAUGGGCGGAAACCCUGGGGGAUCUUCACCCCCUAAAGGAGGACCGAGAACUGUGGUUUGUUACAUCUGUGGGAGAGAGUUUGGAACCAAGUCUCUACCAAUCCAUGAGCCUCAGUGUUUGGAGAAAUGGAAGACAGAAAACAACAAACUUCCAAAGGAACGAAGACGUCCGAUUCCCAAGAAACCAACAAGUGAGGAUGGAGCCCCACUGACAAAAGAGCAGAUGAAUGAUGCAGCAUGGGAAAAUGCCAAAGCUCAGUUGAUUCCAUGUGAAAAUUGUGGACGCCGAUUUGCCACAGACAGAUUGGAUGUUCAUCAGAGAUCGUGUAAACCUAAGGAUGGGAGUCCACCUAAACCAAUGAAACAGGCUGCACCUCCUCGUAAACCUAACUUCAUGGUGUGUUAUAUCUGUGGCCGUGACUUUGGUAGUAAGUCCAUCUCUAUACACGAACCCCAGUGUCUACAGAAAUGGUCUAUUGAGAAUAGCAAGCUGCCUAGACACCAACAGAGACCAUUACCCAAGAAACCAGAAGUACAAAAUGUUUCAGGUACUGGAUCAUAUAACAUUGAAGAUUUUAACCAAGCUGCGUGGGAGAGUGCUCAGGCUCAGCUUGUCCCCUGUGAUAACUGUGGACGUACGUUCAUGCCAGAUCGCCUCACUGUCCAUCAGAGAAGCUGUAAGCCCAAGCCACCGAAGGAUGACUGAAGUAACAGAGAAUUUGAUUUGAGGAAGAGGCAUAAAGGGUCUGAAUAACAGAUUUUGCAUAAAUGAUUGGAUAAGAUUUUUGAAUUUCAAAUAACCUGAUGGGUACUAUAAUUUAACAUGACUGUAGCUGCUGUUGGCAUUGAAGAAACAGAUAUCAUGUAGUUAAUGUAAUGUAAUAAAAUAGAUGUACGAUGUUACGUAACUACAUGAGCAUUGUAACAAUUGUUGAGGAUUGACAAAUGUAACUUUACUGAUAUAAUUAAUCAAUGUUACAGAAAUAUUUCCAGAAUAUGAAAAAGGGCAUUAAAAAUGGACAAGUGACAUCAAGUUUUUACUAUGUUUACAUAGUACAAUGUUAAUAAAUCUAUGAUGAAAUAAAUAUAAAUUCCUUUUUCAACUGAUUGUUUAAAAAUUUUGUUGACGGAUAGAAAUUUGUAUAUUUGUAAAACUUAGGAAGAUGAUCUGCAAUUUAGAAAUCUCUGAAAAUGUAUACAUAUCAGUUAAUUGUAAAUAUAAGUAAUCCACAAUGUACAUAUACGUACAGCUGUAAGUUACACGAGACUGCAGUCUGAUUGAUGUCUAGUGUUACAAUAAUUAGCUACCUAUUGUGAUAAUUCUCUCAGUCUUAAACUGUACAUCGUAGUUAAUUUUUAACAGGAAUCUUUAUAUUUAUUGGUUAAGAAAAGUUAUAUUUCUAUUGUUCACGCUCGUCUAUAUAUCGCCAACAUUACAACUAUGCAAUCACGCAGUAAUUAAUUAUAAUUAUCAAUAAGUUGUACAGUGUAUUUUUAAAAAUUGAAUGAAAUAUACACAAACCUGAGAUUUACUUUUCAGAAUACAAAAGAAAUUUACAUAGAAAACAUCAGCCAAUUUAAUGAUACAAAUGUACCAUCAUUUCUACAUGAAAUCAUACCGUCACUUCUUAAACUAGAUGUACUACACUUUGUACACUGGCCACCAACCCCGAAGUGUUUUGUGAGGAAUUGCUCAGCUAAAUUCUAAUACUAGAUUAUCUCCCCCUAGAUUGAAACUUUGCAUCACAAAAUCAGAAAAGCAUCACAAAAUCAGAAAUUAGAGAUUAAAAUCAGAAAAAUAAAGUAUAUUUUAUGAUUUCAAUAUUCUAGAAUAUAAAGGGGCCAGUCUACAGUAUGUUUGGUGUGUCCAUCCUUUGGUAUGUAGAGUACAAUGUGCUGCCAUGGUCUCAGUUCUAAG